CGCAACACCUAUUUUUUCCACCGCCCUCAGCCGCAUCUUUCUUUGUCUCCACUCGAAUUCUCCUUGCAUCAAACCUCAAGGUCUUCCUUUCUUUCUCCACUUUUCUCAGAUCGCCCCCCCACCCUUCCAUAUUUCACGAAGAAACUAACCGCACCGGAGACUCUAUCUCAUCAUUAAUGGCAGAUUCAAGGUCUUACACCAAGCUUCAUUUAUCACCUGAGGAGUUUCAAGCAAACCCCUCUUCCUACACCAGACAUAAAUCCUACUCUCAAAUCCUCUGUAAGUCUCUCUUCUUUCUCCUUUUUCUUAUUGCUAUUCCUCUGUUCCCUUCGCAAGCUCCUAAAUUUAUCAACCAGUCCAUACUCACCAAGUUCUGGGAGUUUGUUCACUUUCUGUUCAUCGGCGUUGCUGUUUCCUAUGGCUUGCUUAGCCGCAGAAACGUUGAAGUGGACUUUGAUACCCACUCAAAUAACUUUGACGAUCCAGAAUCAUCUUACGUGUCUAGGAUUUUUCACGUUUUUCCUAGUUUUGAGGAUGGGUAUGAAAAUUCUUGUGGUGCCGAUGAGAAAACGGUGCACCUGUCUUGGAAUUCUCAAUGUUAUAGGGUGGGUGAUUCUACGGUUAGUGUUACUAACGGUAGCUCCGUUAUCGAUGAACAGAGCAAAACUGGAUCGAUCAAUUCUGAAAAUGGAACUGAGAUUUCACUUGAGCAAGAUGAGAAUAGUGUUGGUCAAGCUUGGAAUUCUCAGUAUCUCCAGGGUGAAUCAGUGGUUCUAGUGUCCCAAGCAAAUUAUGAAAUUGGUGAAUUGGAGAAACCUGAGCAAGUAGCUGGUUAUGAGCCGUUAAGAGUGCCAGUUAUGAGUUCAAAAUCAAAGAGUAGAAGCCUAGAUAGUGCUCAAUUUAGUAACGGAAGCGAGUCUAUUUCAAGUUUGAUUGGUUCUUCCAGUAGUUCUGGAAGGAUCGUGGACGAGAAACAUUUUUUUGGUGAUACGGGCAACUCAAACACGGACGAGAAAUUUAAUGGAAGUUUUCCCUUACCCUCUGAAAUUCCACGCCGUUCUAUAUCUGGAAGGGCAGAAAUGAAGGAGAUAAUAGGUCCAGUUGAUGGUGAUCCUUCACAUAUUCAGCCUCUCUCAGUUGAUGAAACUCAAUUUCAAUCUCCCAAACCGCAAUCUUUCAGAUCUACAACAGCGUCUUUCUCGUCCCAAGCUAGGUCAAUAUUGAAUUCCCCAACCGAGCUCUUUCCUUCACACUCUGUUUCCACUGAUCGGCAGAAUUCCGGAACAGAAGAUUCUGCUUCACAAUCACCACAAACAACAGUGUAUCGCGAGGCUCGACUGAAUGCAUUUCAUUUGAGGAAAUACACUAGUGGCUCUUUAUUCAAAAAGAAUUUGCAUGUAACCUCAAAAGAUAAAUUGAAGGAUCUGAGUGGCGCAAGAGAGGAUUCCUUGGGUGUUAAAGAGAAUGAGCAGGUUUCUUUGGGAUCGGAUAAGAAACCUGGAACGAUUGGUAAAGCUACAUCUAGAGGAAAAUCUCUUAGGAUCAAUAGAAGUGGUUUAUAUACUGCAGAGGCAAUAAAGGCUGAAGAGAUGAGUACAACUCACUUUGAUGACCAGGCUGGAAAAGGAUCUAAUGAAGCGAAAGCAGUAAAUAUAAGGAAAAAUGAAAUGAAAGGUAACAUGUCAAUUGGCAUCAGCGAGAAGAAUAUUGAUACUCACUGCAAUGUGCCAAUGGCAACAUAUGCAAAAUAUCUGAAGAGAGAAAAGGUAAAAUGCUUGGAAAAUGUUGCUGUGGAAUCCGAAAAAGACUCGGAGAAUAAUAAGACCAACAGUGUUCCGGUGAGGUUAGAUGAAGGUAGUAGGACUGGGACUGAAUUUGUGAGUGAUGCAGGGCUUGACCCUAAUGAGGUUGAUAAGAAGGCUGGUGAGUUCAUAGCCAAGUUCAGGGAGCAGAUUAGACUUCAGAAAGAGGCAUCUGUUGAAAGAUCAAGAAGGAUGCGCAUAAGCAGUAAGCAUCUAAGAUGAAGCAUAUGCUUGUAGUGCUCUAACAAUACGAAGAUUGUGAAUUAUCUUUGACAAAGCUAAUUAUCUUGUACAUUUGGAAGACCUUUCUUGUAGAAUGAGACAGUAAUUAGCAGCUCAGCUAGCAGCCAUGUGUGAUCAGACGUAAAUCUUUCUGCAUCUUUGCAUGAAUGAAUGAAGAACAUGGUACCAUCUUUGAAUGUUAACUAGCUACUAGCUAGUAAUAUCUUAUAGAUAUAAAUAAUGCCAAGGGGUUAUCUUAAAGAACCUUAAUGUUUAAUGAUAAUUGUUGUAAAAGCUAAAUCUAUUACUUGAUUCCUGAAUAUCUACCAUGAAUAAUGGAAAUUACAGGCAUAUUGUUUAAGGCUU